GGCAAGGGUGGUAGAUGGGUAGAUUGUUGCGCACUGACCAAGUCAAGUCAGGAGGAGGAUGUCAAAAGGGUUGAAUAAAACGGAAUUUGUCAAUUCGAUACGCGACGUCGCGAAAUUUUAUCUGUUGCGAGGUUACCAAGAAGAAAGCUGUAAUAGAUUAUAUUAGUUCAAUUGUCGACAGAGCGACACGUCGACCCGACCCAAGGACCACGCCAGCGCCGCAGCACCGAGAUUCGUCACGCAUCUAUCAAUAAACCCGCUCCAUUUACGACGGCCAAAAAACACCCUUUCCCCCGAGAACGUGAAUCAAAAUGGCGUCGAUGCAGCGGUCAUGCUGGCGGCAGCUGGCGCGGGCGCACAUUGCAGCUCUGUCGCAGAGGAGGGCAGCCUUUUCGGCGGCCAGCUCCAUCACCAAAGCACCAAGGACCCUAUCUGCGGUGAGGUCCAGCAUUCCGAGACGUUUCUACAGCUCCCAGCAGCAGACGCCGCCUCCUCCUCCCCCUCCUCCGCCAAAGCAGGACAAGAUCAAGUUCUGGCCUUUCGUGGUCAUCAUUGGCCUAGCAACAACCGCAUGGAUCGGUCUGGUUAACCAGAGGAAGGAUAUGCCCGGCGUUCCACCGCAACAACAAGUCGGCCUCGGCGGCCGCCUCCCCGCCCCGGCAAAAUCCACGCCUACCUUCUCCGGAGACGAUGUGACGGUCGUCUUCGUCCUCGGCGGGCCCGGCGCCGGCAAGGGAACCCAGUGCGCCCAACUGGUUGAGCGUUACGGCUUCACCCACCUGUCCGCUGGUGACCUGCUGCGCGCAGAGCAGGAGCGGCCUGGGUCCCAGUUCGGCGAGCUGAUCAAGGACUGCAUCCGUAACGGCGCCAUAGUGCCCAUGGAGGUGACGGUGCAGCUGCUCGAGAACGCCAUGACCGACGUCGUCGAGGAGAACAAGAAGAAGAGCAGGAACGGGUCCUCCAAGGCCAAGUUCUUGAUCGACGGCUUCCCCCGCAAGAUGGACCAGGCCCUUAAGUUUGAGGAGACAGUCUGUCCCGCCAAAUUUGUCCUCUUCUACGACUGCCCUGAGGCUGAGAUGGAGCGCCGCCUCCUUGAGCGCGGCAAGACGAGCGGUCGCGCCGACGACAAUGCCGAGAGCAUCCGGAAGCGCUUCCGCACCUUUAUCGAGACUAGCAUGCCCGUAGUUGACCACUACGAGAAGGAGAACCGUGUUGUCAAGAUCGAUGCCACUCCGUCCCCUGACCAGGUCAGCAAGGAGACCCAGAAGCGUAUUGAAAGCCGCCUGGGCUCUAACUUCUAAGUUGGGAUGAAAAAAAAAGACUUCUCCUGUGUAAUUCUUUUAUGUUAUUUUUACUUCUUUGCCUCUUAUCUCUGUAACACUGCAUGGCGCUUCACUUUGUCUCGUAUAGAUUGUGCUUGGCGUUGAGCCGUGAAGAGACCGACUCUCGGUGCUCAGGAUCUCAAGUCUAGUUGAUUCUAUACCCAUUUCCGCACACAUUCUACAUACAUACACUACAACACACAGCUCAUGGACGAGCAGAUAGAAUUUUCUUGUUUAUUCCCUGCCCUAAGGUCACCCAUGCCCUGCCGCGUGUCAAUAUUUGACGAACCCCAGUGCGGCGCCGUAUGAGAGAAUAUAACUAGGCAUGAUAGACAAAUUUCGGACUUUCAGAACCGUCUAUCCCAGGCCAAAAAAGAAAAAGAAGACAUCUCUUCGAUUGGCGUCACAACUAAUGCUGGCUCGAAACCCCAACACCUAAAGCUACCCAGGACCUUUUGAACCCAGCUGCGUUAAAACAAAGACAAAAAACAAAACCAGAUAGACUUUUCCCCACCGUCUUCGGUCUUAAUUUUUUGUUUCUCAAUCGUCAUUGUCGUUACGCUCGCGGUGUUGUUGGCCACGGUUGCCGCCUCGCCUUUGGUUGCCACGGUCGUUGUUGUGCUGAGUGCUCGCCUCGACCAACUUGCGCUCAGCCUCCUGCUGUGCAUUCGCCUCCUCCCUGCGCAGCGUCUGGAGCAGAGUGCUGACCGUCUUCUUGGUCUUCUCCAGUGAGCUUGCAAGCUGGCGCCACUGCUUCUCGCCGAACACACGGUAUCUGACCGAGUGAAUCAGGAAGACCUUCUUCUUCUGGGAAAGCUUGCCCUCGACCAAGCCAGCGCGUAUAACGUCGAUUGCCCACAUCUCAACGUCCUCCGAAGGGAUCUGGAGCGCCUUGGUGAUGGAAUUGUACGAUAUCUCGCGCGUCUGCAUGCUUGCUGCUGCCAGCGACGCAAAAGUAAGCAGUCGCAUCUUUCGGUAGAGAACCUCAUUGUC